CAAUAACUAGUUCUAGUAAAUAACUUUAUUGACAUUUGUAAACCUGUUUGUUUACGUCUAUUGAUAAAUAAUAAACUUUUCUUUAAUUUAUUACUAAUAUUAUACAAAAAAUAGUCUUAGUAAUUAUUGUUAGGUACUUAAUCUACAAACUAAACUCAUCGUGAGUAUUUAGUAAUAAUAAAUACGCAACAUAACCUAAAAAUGGAGGACCCAAGUGAUAAUCAAAAAACCGAAGAAAAAAUCGUGUUUAAAAAGCCUGUGCUGUUCGGCCGUAUUGGUAAACUGCCGAAAAAGGUGAAGAAUGAUUCUGAAGAGACGACAGACGCUGAAAAUCAACAACAGGAGAAAAGUGGUUCGAAUACAGCGCGUUCGAAUGAGAGAGGGAAAGAGUCGCCAGUGAUUGUUGCAAACGAUGUGUUAUCAAUGCCAAUACCAUACAAGGAACCAAAAUGGUCUGGAAUUUGUCCUGAUGGUACAGACUAUUCCCUAGAAGUGUUGAAGUCCGGGAUGAUCGUUGACAAGAUGGAUUUGACGAAGAGAGCAUUCUAUGUGUUUGGACGACUGAAUAAUUGUGAUGUGAUGAUGGCACACCCUACCAUAUCCAGGUACCACUGCGUCCUCCAAUACAAAGCGUUUGCCGAGGAGGGCGAGCCUCCGUGUGGCUGGUACCUCUAUGACCUGGGCAGUACACACGGCACCUUCCUCAACAAAGAUAGGCUGAAGGUCAGCCACUACACCAGGGUCAGGGUCGGACACCAGAUCAAGUUUGGGAACAGUACUCGGACUUAUAUUUUGUUGGGACCAGAUUUCGACGCGGAAGGCGAGUCCGAAUUGAGUGUAACAGAAAUAAAACAGAGAGCCAAUACUAUGAAGGUAGAGAGAGACAGAAUGAUACAGGACGCUAUAGAACAGAGGGAGAGGGAGCGAAAGGAGGAGGAGCGACGGAGAGAUGAGAUGGGCAUCGAUUGGGGGAUGGGAGAGGAUGCUGAAGAGGAGCCGGAUCUGGCUGACAAUCCUUACGCCGUCACCGCCAACGAGGAGCUGUACUUGGAGGAUCCUAAGAAGACCCUCCGCGGGUACUUCGAAAGGGAGGGACAUGAACUCAACUAUAAUUGUGAUGAGAAGGGCGUCGGCCAGUUCGUUUGUAGGGUAGAACUCCCGAUAGACGACGCCCGAGGUAACCCGGUGGUCGCCGAGGUGAUCCACAAAGGCAAGAAAAAGGAGGCGGUGAUAGCCUGCGCGUUGGAGGCCUGCCGGAUACUGGACAGGGCCGGGCUGCUGCGGCAGUCUAAACAUGAAUCUCGCAAACGCAAGGAGCGCGAUUGGUCAGCGGACGACUUCUACGACUCUGAUGAUGACACCUUCCUGGACCGCACCGGCAGCGUCGAGAGGAAACGCAAACUGAGGAUGCAGAAACAUGGAGCCGCGCCCGUCGAGGACGAGAAACCUAGGACUUAUGAUGAUUUGUUAAAAGAAAUAACAGAAAUAGAAAAGAAGAUAGCGACAGAAGAGAGGAACCUCUCAGCACUACGCAGCAGUUCCACGGCGGGCCAGCAGAGCAGCGAGGAGGGGGACGAGCUGGACCAGUACAUGAGCAGCCUCAGCAAGCAGGGACAGAGCAUGGCGACUAAAGCUGAGAUAUCUAGGACUAAGAUGACCAUUCAGAAGCUAAAGGCGGACCUGUCGAAGACGCAGCGCCUGGCUGAGCUGGCGCGGCCGGCGCAUUUACCCCCACUCGUGAAGAAAGAUACCAAGAUCCACAUCAAACAGGCCAGCAACUCCGCUGUGUACGGGAAAAGAUUAAUACUGAAAGAUGACACAGAGAAGAAAGUCAAAGUCAGAAAAGAUGUAAAACAAGAGGAAUCCGAAUUUGUUGAAGAAAUGGACGAUGAUGAUGAUGAUGACGAUCAUUCGUCAAAUAAUCAUCAAAAAGAAGAAAAUAAAUUAAAUACAGAAGUAGAUGCUAGAGAAGUUAAAAGAAAUGAAGUGGAGAAAGAAGGAGAUUCUAAGGUAGAAGAAGGAGAUAGACAAGAGAGUACAAAAACUAAAAUGUACGGUCCAAUGCGUCCCCCUGAAAAUUACGUGAUACCUGAAGAUUAUUACGACCAAACCAGCGACAGGGAUCUACCAGAAAUUAUGGAAAAAGAGACUUAAUAAAGCAGGCGUGUAAAGCGAACGAAACUUAAAACGAACUUGUAAUUUCUCUGGUGUUGUGGGUGUGUUAGUAAAACCCUGAUCCUCUACCUCUACCCCCUCCCACUCUUAUCUCCCCUCCCCUCAACCGUCCCUUCCCCUCUUAUAUCCCCUCUUCCCCUCUAUACCCCGCCCCUAUCCUCUCUACUCUCUCUCCUUACCCUCCAUCUUCGGUCCUCCCCCUACCCCUUCCCCCUCCCCUACCCUUCCUCAGCACUCCAUUGGAUUUCCUAUUUCCAAUCGUUGUAGACUCUAGGGACAUAAAGACAGGCAGGUUAGACUUUUGCACUAACACAAAUUAAAAAAAAAUGUGCUGUUAAAAUUUUCGAAAAAUCUUGAUAAUCGGACUCGAAGUUUCGUGUUAAGUAGUGUUGACAUAAGAUAGAUAAUUUUCACUGUUAACAAACAAGUUUGUUAUUAAAUUAAAUGAAUUAUAAGGUU